CGUCUAAUUCAGAAGACCCCUACAGGGAAAACCUAACUUCUCUGCGACGGUGAAGGCAUUCGAAUCUGAUCUCCGGAUGCAUGGCUUCUUCCCCGGCGGCCGUUAGAGAACUUCAACGCGAUCUUGAGAACCAGGCCAAUGCUCUCAGCAAGAUCCAGAAAGACAUCGCCAAGAACCACCAGGUUAGGAAGCAGUACACCAUCCAGCUCGGGGAGAACGAGCUCGUCCUCAAGGAAUUGGAAUUAUUGAAUGAAAACUCCAAUGUGUUCAAGCUGAUCGGCCCAGUGCUUGUGAAACAAGACCUCGCCGAGGCGAACGCCAACGUGCGGAAAAGGAUUGAAUACAUUUCAGCUGAACUUAAGCGGCUUGACGGUACACUUCAGGAUUUGGAAGACAAACAGAAUAGCAAAAAGGAAUCGGUCUUAAAGCUACAACAAAAAGUCCAAUCUCUGCAGACUGGAAAAUCCAAAACCUAACUUUUUUUCUGGGGAGUAGCAUUCCAUCUCUGUUGCCGCCCGAACUACGAAAAUCAGAGUCACUUGCAGAAUAAAUACUUAUUGGGUCGAGGUUGUUUAGAUGUGUUGACUUUUGUAAUGUUUUUGAGCUUGGAAUGUUGAUAUGUAAAACUAGAUGUAAUUACAGUAUUAAAUUGCAUCUUGGGUGAACUCUGGGAGUGAGAUUACUGAAGUAAUGUUGAUGUUCAAAACAACUACUUAAGAUGGAUUGUAAAUUUGACAUCAUUAUUCACUCGUAGCUUUAUCACAAA